UUCGUUGCGAACCAGGGAGCAUUUAGGCCUUAUGGAGAGUCCACAAUUGGUCAACAAUCAAUAAAAUAAUUGUUUACAAGAAUGUAACGAGCAAAUUUAUUUUUUAAUGGAAAAAUGUUUGCUUUUGUACUAUUGAGUAUUACUGGAAAAUUGUAAUGCAAAAUAUGGAUCAUUUGAGAAUAUGCAGACUCUGAUCUUCAGGCAUAUGCGAACGCACAUAUUGAAUCAAGUUUCGAGUACUUAUUAUUAAUGUCAUUGAAUUUUGGAAAUAACGAAGCAAAUCGAAUUGGUUUUUAAAAGGAUUGCACUGCAAAUUAUCCGAUAAUGCUUGACAGAAGGCUAUUAUCGUUAUGAUUCAAUUUAUCACCAAGUGAAGUGGAACAAUGAAUUUAAAUCAAUUGCCACAUUUCAAGAAAUGGCCGAAGAAGCAUUGAGACUUUACGCACAAACGAAAAAUCAUCCCAAACAAGACGUAGCAGUUGCACAUUAUUUGGAAGAAGAAUUCAUGGAACCACAAGCCGAUUGUAUUCGAAAAUUGGCAGGUCACUACAAUGACGACAAAAAUAUUCUACAAGUUCGCGAUGUAUUUCUCUUCAAUGAAUAUGAUAGACUUUUUUUUAUAAAAUUCAAUUAAGAAUUAAAUUAAUUCACUUCUUGUGAUUUUGUCAUUUAAUAUAUUUUCGUUACUCUAUCAAUUAUUGUUUUUCAAAUUUCGAAAAAUUUUAAUUAA